GCCGUCCGCCGGGGGCAGCAGCGCCCCGCACCCAGCCCAUACCCGGUGGCGCAGGGCAGGGCCUGGCCGCGUCCACACCCGCGCGGGCCGAGUCGGGUCUCUUUCGCGUCUCCUCCACGCGAGCCUCGGCUGAUGGCGGGGAUGGCGGAGCGGCUGGCGCGGGAGCGCGCGGCGGCGGCCGGGCUGGGCUCCCACGAGCGCGCCGUGCAGCACCUGGGCCAGGACUUCGCGGCGCUGCGGGACGCGUGUCUGGCGGACGGCUCGCUCUUCCAGGACCCGGCCUUCCCCGCCGUGCCCGCCGCGCUGGGCUUCGCCGAGCUGGGCCCGCGCUCCAGCAAGACGCGCGGCGUGGAGUGGAAGCGGCCGCCGGAGAUCUGCGCGGACCCCCAGUUUAUUGUCGGAGGAGCCACGCGCACAGACAUCUGCCAGGGAGCCCUGGGUGACUGCUGGCUGCUGGCCGCCAUCGCCUCUCUCACCUUGAAUGAAGAGAUCCUGGCGCGCGUUGUGCCCCUGGACCAGAGCUUUCAGGAGAACUACGCUGGCAUCUUCCGCUUCCAGUUCUGGCAGUAUGGCGAGUGGGUGGAGGUGGUGGUGGACGACAGGCUGCCCACCAAGGACGGGGAGCUGCUGUUCCUGCACUCGGCCGAGGGCACCGAGUUCUGGAGCGCGCUGCUGGAGAAGGCCUACGCCAAGAUCAAUGGCUGCUAUGAAGCGCUGUCGGGGGGCGCCACCACUGAGGGCUUCGAGGACUUCACUGGAGGCAUCGCGGAGUGGUACGAGCUGCAGAAGCCGCCUCCCAACCUGUUCAGGAUCAUCCAGAAGGCGCUGGAGAAGGGCUCGCUGCUUGGCUGCUCCAUCGACAUCACCAGCGCCGCGGACUCGGAGGCUGUCACGUACCAGAAGCUGGUGAAGGGGCAUGCGUACUCAGUCACCGGGGCCGAGGAGGUGGACAGUUCCGGGAGCCUGCAGAAACUGAUCCGCGUGCGGAACCCCUGGGGACAGGUGGAGUGGACCGGGAAGUGGGGCGACAACUGCCCAAACUGGAACACAGUGGACCCAGAGGUCAGGGAAAGGCUGACCGUGCGGCUCGAGGACGGGGAGUUCUGGAUGUCCUUCGGCGACUUCCUGCGGCACUAUUCCCGCUUGGAGAUCUGCAACCUGACGCCCGACACCCUGACCAGCGACACCUACAAGAAGUGGAAGCUGACCAAGAUGGAUGGGAGCUGGCGGCGGGGCUCCACCGCGGGCGGCUGCAGGAACUACCCCAACACCUUCUGGAUGAACCCCCAGUACCUGAUCAAGCUGGAGGAGGAGGACGAGGACCAGGAGGAUGGCGAGGGCGGCUGCACCGUCCUGGUGGGGCUCAUCCAGAAGCACCGGCGGCGGCAGAGGAAGAUGGGCCAGGACAUGCACACCAUCGGCUUCGGCAUCUACGAGGUCCCAGAGGAGCUGGCCGGGCAGACCAACAUCCACCUGGGCAAGAACUUCUUCCUGACGACCCGCGCCCGUGAGCGCUCGGACACCUUCAUCAACCUGCGCGAGGUGCUCAACCGCUUCCGGCUGCCCCCGGGGGAGUACAUCCUUGUGCCGUCCACCUUCGAGCCCCACAAGGACGGCGACUUCUGUGUCCGUGUCUUCUCCGAGAAGAAGGCCGACUACCAGGCUGUGGACGACAAAAUCGAGGCCAACCUGGAAGAGAUAGACGCUGGCGAGGACAACAUCGAUGACGGCUUCCGCAGGCUGUUUGCCCAGCUGGCGGGGGAGGACGCAGAGAUCUCAGCCUUCGAGUUGCAGACCAUCCUGAGGAGAGUGCUGGCGAAGCGACAAGACAUCAAGUCAGACGGCUUCAGCAUCGAGACCUGCAAGAUCAUGGUGGACAUGCUGGACUCGGACGGGAGCGGCAGGCUGGGGCUGAAGGAGUUCUACAUCCUGUGGACGAAGAUCCAGAAGUACCAGAAAAUUUACCGGGAGAUCGACAUAGACAGGUCUGGCACCAUGAACUCCUACGAGAUGCGGAGGGCGCUGGAGGAAGCAGGGUUCAGGCUUCCUUGCGAACUGCACCAAGUCAUCGUUGCCCGGUUUGCAGACGACGAGCUCAUCAUCGACUUUGACAACUUCGUCCGGUGCCUGGUUCGGCUGGAGACGCUGUUCAAGAUAUUCAAGCAGCUGGACCCCGAGGACACCGGGACCAUCCAGCUGGACCUCAUCUCUUGGCUGUGUUUCUCGGUGCUGUGAAGGGGUGCCCAGCACGCCUGGAGGCUACAGAGGACCCAGGGACUGAGUCUGGACACCUGGAUCGGGCUUGGCACUGUGGGACAUUACGUACACUGAGGACUGUAGCUGAGAACACUGUCUGAGAUAGCCAGACUGUCCCGCCAGGUAGAAGGUUUGCUUAUUAUACAAGUGCAAGUGAGCUGCUUAACCCCUGACAAGCCCAAAGGAAGCCUACACCUACAAACAGUACCCACUUUUCACUUUGACACGCUUUCCUGUUCGGAGCAAUGCUAAACCAGGAGGACAAGGAGGUGUUUUAAAUCAGUCUCCAGGCCAAGAGUAACGGGGAUGCUGAGUUUUAAAAUGCAGAGGUGGCGGCGUCCCCCCCCCCAGCAGCCCAGGGACAGUGGCCUCAGCAAGGCAGCGAGAGCCCGGGGAGGAAAGCGCCCUCCUCAUGGGCCAGAUGAGAGCAGGGCGUGCACAGUGCUCAGGUCCUUGUACACGCUCAGCCCUGGGCCUUCACAGGGUCCCACACGUGACUGGUGAGGCUGUGGCCAAGCCAGGCUGGUUGCAAACUGAGGGCUAAGACCCUGGCCCUGCACUCCGUGUCCUCGGUGCCUUUCCGUGGUGAGGGAGGGCGUCCUGGAGGAGACGCCGCAGCUGCUUCUGGGCCUGACCUCGGGAAAGCUGCGACACUAAAACCAUUGCCUUUGCCUUACCACCUUCCUAGUGUCCUGUUGAAUAAAGUUGCCCGACAGCCA